AUGUCCUUCCUCGCCCCCCUCCGCACCUCCCUCCGCCCCUCCAUCUCCACCCUCUCCCUCCGCCCAACAACCUACCCGGCCCUUUCCUCCCUACACACCAGCGCCCCCCGUCAGGGCCUCAAAGAAUCCGAUCACAACCGCGAAGACCUAGGCACCCACUACGAAUCCCACAAACACGAGCAGUUGAAGAGCUCCAAGGAAGGAAAGGCAAAGUGGAAGCAGGAGCUCGCUAGUAACAGUGAGGCGUCGGUUAAAGCCGAUCGCGGCGAAGUCGACCACGAAGAUGGCCAUUUCGGGUCGUUGCAGGAGAAGACGAAGGGGUUGCCGAAUGAAAAGACGAGAUAG